AUGUCUGCACCUAAAGUAAUUUUAGUAACUGGUGCCAAUAAAGGAAUUGGUUAUGCAAUUGUUCGUAACUUGGCAUUAAAGUAUUCCGCAACAUCAAAUUCCCAACCACUUACAAUCAUUCUAACAGCUCGAGAUCAAAAUCGCGGUCAAACAUCACUUAAUGAACUUGAGAAUGAAUUGAAACCAAAGAAAAUUUUAAAACAUGAUGGUGGAAUUAUUGAUUUGAAAUUUAUACAAUUGGAUUUAUUAGAUGAAAAUAGCAUUAAGAAAACUGAAGAAACAAUUUCAAAGGAUUGUAAUGGUCUCGACAUAUUGAUUAAUAAUGCAGGAAUGGCAUUCAAAGGAGAUUCUUUUGAUAUAAACGUAGUUCGCACUACAUUCGCUACUAAUUUUUAUGGUACACUCAAUGUAUCAAAUCAUUUAUUCCCCCUAAUCCGUCCUAAUGGACGUUUAAUCAACAUUUCAAGUGGUGUUGGAAGAUUAAGUAUUAUAAGUAAUAAAUGGAAAAAAGAAUUUAGUAAAGAAGACUUGGAUAUAGAUGGUUUAAUUGAAUUAAUGAAGAAAUAUGAGAAUGCUGUUGAAAAAGGAACUUAUCAAAAUGAAGGAUGGCCUCAACAAGGCAAUUUCAGUUAUUCUUAUGGUAUGUCAAAACUUGGAUUAACUGUGAUGACAAAUAUAUUCGCUCGUCGCGCUGAUAAAGAGGGAAAAGGCGUUUUAGUUUUUUCUUGUUGUCCUGGUUGGGUGAGAACUGAUAUGGCUGGUCCAAACGCUGUUAAAUCUCCAGAUCAAGGUGCAGAAACUCCAGUCUUCCUUGCAGUGAAUGACGAUGUUGUUCCAAAAGCGCCGUAA